AGAGGAGAGAAAUCUGGUCACAGCUUCCGUCGGCUGGAGCCGGUCCCCGCGCAACUUCGCCUUUCUACCCUUUUACUUCUGCCGCGCGUCUGUGCACGUUUGCAUCACCGAGGGUGCAUUUAUCCCCGCGAAUGAUAGUAGGAGUCGCCACAAAUGGUUUCGUUUUAAAACAUCUGUCAACAAAGGAACGACGUACGCAUGAGCCCAGAGGCUUGGUCACACGUGUGCGUAAAGGCGAUCCUCUCGCGCUUGAAGUGUUUGCAUUGGCUGUGAAGGGCUCCGUCCUGCGCGUGAGAACGGCAGCACCUGAGCAGCCAUCGCGCCGACGCACGUUUGCCUGAAGCCCGGUGACUAAGGCGCGCCUGUGAAGCUCGGCUAAGCCCGGUGUUGUCGACCUGGUAAUGUCGACUGUAUGCCUGGCUAGGUGAGCAGGGUCCGCGGCACCAGAGUCCCAUUACACAGUACUCGUCUCGCAGCACUGCACGGCGCGCUGAGGUAGAGGCAUGUGGUGACGCUAGGACUUUGAUGUCACCUGACGAUCUCGUCCUGCACAGGUCUCUUGGGCCCUGAGCGACUGGACCGGAGCUCUUCGGAUCAGCACCGCCGGUACCUAGUGCACUAACCUCCUUCACCCUGGCAGCUUGGCGGGGACCACAGGGCCAGCCAACCAGAGCCUCGGCCUGCGCCGUCGCCAUGGCAACCAACCGCGGCCACAUGCCCGGCUUCCCGCCGGCCGUCUACCCCUUCGCUUUCAACUCGAUGCGGAGCCACUCCCCCUUUGACCUGAUGGCCAAUAGCAGCCUGUUUGGCCGUUUUGGGGCGGACCUUCCCAAAGAGAUGGCUGCAUUGUCGGUAGAGACCCAGAGCACCAGCUCGGAGGAGAUGGUGCCCAGUUCUCCCUCGCCACCACCACCACCCCGGGUCUACAAGCCCUGCUUCGUGUGCCAGGACAAGUCUUCGGGCUACCACUACGGGGUCAGCUCUUGCGAGGGCUGCAAGGGUUUCUUCAGGCGCAGCAUCCAGAAGAACAUGGUGUACACCUGCCACCGCGACAAGAACUGCCAGAUCAACAAGGUCACGCGCAACCGCUGCCAGUACUGCCGCCUGCAGAAGUGCUUCGAGGUUGGCAUGUCCAAGGAAGCCGUGCGGAACGACCGCAACAAGAAGAAGAAGGAUGUGAAGGAGGAGGUUGUGCCCGCCGAGAGCUACGAGCUGAGCGGUGAACUGGAGGAACUGGUGAACAAAGUGAGCAAAGCGCACCAGGAGACCUUCCCCUCACUGUGCCAGCUGGGCAAGUACACCACGAACUCCAGCUCAGAUCACCGGGUGCAGCUGGACCUGGGACUGUGGGAUAAGUUCAGCGAGCUCUCCACCAAGUGCAUCAUCAAGAUCGUGGAGUUCGCCAAGCGCCUGCCGGGCUUCACCACGCUCACCAUUGCCGACCAGAUCACCCUCCUCAAAUCUGCCUGCCUGGACAUCCUGAUGCUGCGGAUCUGCACGCGCUACACGCCAGAGCAGGACACCAUGACGUUCUCGGACGGGCUGACUCUCAACCGCACGCAGAUGCACAACGCCGGCUUCGGCCCGCUCACUGACCUGGUGUUCGCUUUCGCCGGGCAGCUGCUGCCACUGGAGAUGGACGACACCGAGACAGGCCUUCUCAGCGCCAUCUGCCUGAUCUGUGGAGACCGCAUGGACCUGGAGGAACCCCAGCGCGUGGACCGCCUGCAGGAGCCCCUACUGGAGGCUCUGAAAAUCUACGCCCGCCGCCGCCGGCCCAACAAGCCGCACAUGUUCCCGCGCAUGCUGAUGAAGAUCACCGACCUGCGUGGCAUCAGCACAAAAGGAGCGGAGAGGGCGGUGAAGCUGAAGAUGGAGAUCCCGGGACCCAUGCCUCCGCUCAUCCGUGAGAUGCUGGAGAACCCGGAGGCCUUCGAGGAGCAGCGGGAGGGCGGCGAGGGCAACGCGGAGGCCCCCGCGGCGUCGGCGGAGGCCCCUCCGCCGCCGGCGAUGAAGACGGAGCGCGAGGACGAGGAGGACAGCUGGGCCACGGAGAACGGCAGCGAGCCGUCGCCCGAGGAAGAGGAGGAAGAGGACGAGGAUGCCGAGGAGGAGAGGGGCACAGACAGUGAUGGAGAGGCGUGGGGUGGACAGGAGUCCAGCGUGGACAUGUCCCGAAAAAGUCAUGUUGGGAGGUCCCAGUGAGCCCUCCGUGCGCACACACACACACACACCUCAUGCCCA